AUGGGGGAAGAAGAGCUCUUAAAAAAGAUCUCUAAAUAUCUUGCCUCUGACGAAUGGUGGUCUCCCAUAUUUGACUUUAAGACAACCAACUGUGUACUUUUCAAAGAAGGCGAAAAUGCGUCAACUCAAGAAUAUAUGUGUUAUAAAUCUUUUCUUCACACCAUUACAAACCUUGUGGAUUGUCAGCUAUGCAAUAAAUUAGAUAUAUCUGCGGACGAAUUUGAAGAAUUAAUCUAUAACAGUUACAAACAAAAGAAUGCAACGGCAAAACUCAUUGUUAGAACACUCCAGAACAUUCUUGACUUUACUCAGUUUAGAGAAGAGAUGAUAAAAGAAAAUGAAGAAGCUGAAGAUGAAAUGGAUGAAAUGAUAGAGGAAUUAGCUAAUAAUUCAGAUAUUGAUGACAUGAACGAAGAAGAGUUAGUCGAUUCCGUAGGUUCAAUUGUCGAAAAAGUUCAGACAGAAUCAGUAAUGAAUAAAUCUAAACAAAACGCCCUUGAAAUGGAAAGAAAUGUUGCAACUGAAGCUGCUAAACCAAGAGAACCACUUACUUUAGAAGAAAAUUAUCAGCAAUAUGAACAACAAAUAAUCAAGGAUGAUCCAUUUAAUAAACCAUUACUUCCUGUUCCAAGAGUUAGUGAUUCUAGAAGAACUCCACCUCAUACUCCUAAUCAACCACUUCCUGGAUUAGGCCGUCAAUUCCCGAUUCCAAAUAAGAGAGUUUUGAGUCCUUCUCCAUGCCUUAUUAAGCCACAACUUCCCAAGAAUACAGGCCUAAGAAUGAAAUCUGCAGGAGUUGCACUCCCGCCACUUUCACCCCUUGUUUUAUAA